AUGGAUGACGACCCGGUAUGUGUCGUUGGAAUAGCUUGUCACCUUCCUGGGGGCAUUCGUUCGCCUUCUGAUCUUUGGGAAUUCCUGAUUCAUAAACGAAGCGCUCAGUCACGAGUCCCAGCGAGUCGCUUCAAUAUCAAAGGCUUCUAUCAUCCGGAUGGGAGUAGAGCGGGGGUUAUGAAUGCUGACGGAGGGUACUUCCUCCAAGAAGACGUGCGUCUGUUUGAGAAUGGGUUCUUCGGGAUCAACAGCAUGGAGACAGCAUACAUGGACCCGCAACAACGAAAGCUUCUUGAAGUGGUGUUCGAAUGCUUCGAGAACGCAGGAGUAUCCCUCGAAGAGAUUUCUGGGACCAAUACUGGGGUCUAUGUUGGAAACUUUACCGUUGAUCAUCAAACGAUCCAAGCGCGGGACCCAGAUACUAUCCAUCGGUAUAAUGCGACUGGGGGCAGUACGACCAUUCUUGCCAACCGAAUUAGCCACGUGUUUGAUCUUCAGGGGCCCAGCUCCACAACUGAUACAGCAUGUUCUUCCUCACUAUACUGUCUGGACAGCGCUGUCAACAGCCUUAAGAGAGGUGACUGCGAUGGCGCUGUGGUUGCGGCUGUCAACUUGAUUACCUCCCCAGAGCAAUGUCUGGCAACAAUGAAAGCUGGCGUUCUGUCCCCUACAUCUACAUGCCACACGUUCGAUGCUUCAGCCGACGGCUAUGGACGAGCAGACGGUGUGAACGCCAUUUAUUUGAAACGCCUUUCCUCUGCAAUGAGGGAUAGAAACAAGAUAUGGGCACUGAUCCGUGCUACUGCUGUAAACGCCUGCGGUAGAACCCCUGGGAUUACUCAGCCCAGUGCAAACUUACAAGAAGCUGUGAUUCGGAAAGCGUACAGCAAUUCGGGUCUAAGUUUUACAGACACGGACUAUAUCGAAUGCCAUGGCACGGGAACCCCUGUAGGAGAUCCCAUCGAAGUUGAAGCAAUUUCUCGUUGCUUUUCAUUAUCAAGGGAAUCGCCCUUGUUGAUUGGAGCGGUGAAAACCAAUCUAGGGCAUAGUGAGGCAGCUAGCGGAUUGACGUCCAUCAUCAAAGUUGCCUUGGCUUUCGAGAACGGAGCAAAUGCACACGCUAUUCUCGAAGCAUUCGACGUUUCUAUGAUACUUGAUCAGCCACUAGGCCAUGAAGCUCAAGUGGCUAAUUCCGGACGGCGACUUGUCUUGCCCGUUUCGGCGGCGACAAACAAAGCUUUGGAUGACCGAGCUCGCCAAAUAUCGCAAAUCGCUUCAUCCUGUGACAGCAAGACUUUGGAAAGCCUAGCAUACACUUUGACGACAUGCAGAUCAUUACUCAAGUCUAGGCAAGUUCUCCUGGCUGAGUCCGGCCAGGAUGGAGGCACCGAGCUGGUGAAUGUCGAAAUCAACGAUGUCUCUUUAGGCCCACUACCUUUCGUCUUCGUAUUCAGUGGUCAAGGGGCCCAGUACUCAGGGAUGGGAAAAGAACUCCUUGCUCGGAAUGAGUCGUUCCUAGCGGGGAUUCGGGAAUUGGACCGCACUUUACAAGCCUUGCCCAAGGAUAGGGCCCCAAGCUGGUCCAUAGAGCAGUCCAUCCUCAACCCUGGAGAUACAAGUCAAACGCAGAAAGCCAUACACAGCCAGACACUUUGUACCGCUCUACAAAUUGCUAUAGUUGAUCUGCUUAAGAGCUGGAACGUGAAACCCAUGGCCGUGGUUGGACAUUCAUCAGGGGAGAUUGCGGCGGCUUAUGCUGCAGGCCUCAUGAGCAACACUCAAGCCAUACUCGUCGCCUACUUCAGAGGCUAUGCGGUCGACCAGGUGAAAGCCACGGGCUCCAUGAUGGCGGUUGGCCUUGACGUUCGAACUGCCCAUGAUCUCAUCCGGAAGAACGAUCUCGACCAGUCCGUGUGCAUUGCUUGUGUCAAUGCACCGGAGAGCGUGACUCUCAGUGGAUCAACAGAGGGCAUUCGAGCACUGGAAUGUCAACUGCGAAAGCAACAGACGUUCUGUCGGGUACUUUCAACAGACGGUCGGGCAUAUCAUUCUAAUAUGAUGAAGGAUGCUAGCAAACUCUACGAAGAUAUGUUGAGUUCAUUAUUUGAACACCAGAGCGUCCCAUCGCGGCACGCAGCUGCGCAAAUGUAUUCCUCAGUGGGGAACUACGGUGACACACCGAAGAACCCGGAUACUAGUACAGACUGGGCGCAAUAUUGGCGCGAAAACCUCGAGAAGCCAGUCCAGUUCGACCUCGCCUUGAGAAGUGUAACCGCUUCCAAGGACCUUCAAUUCAUAGAGAUCGGCCCCCACGCAACUUUGAAAGGGCCCGUGAACCAGAUUCGCACAAGCAUGGAACGUGGUACAGAUCGCUUCCGUUAUGCUCCAAGCUUGAUCCGCGGCCGAGACGCGGAUCUAUGUAUGAAGCAAUUGGCUGGUAUACUGUUUAUGCAUGGUUAUAGUUUGAAUUGGCAACACGUCAACUCUGUAAGCAUGAGCAAUCGAAGCCCUCUACACAAUAUACCUCCGUAUCCGUGGGACUACAAAAACACCAAGCUGCUUUACCACGAAUCACGCUCAAGUCAUGAGCUGCGGAAUCGAAAACAUAUGCGCCACGAGUUGUUGGGGUCACAACAGCCCACUGGCAACGGCAUUGACUGCAGUUGGCGCAAUGAUAGGCUACGUCUCAAAGAGAUGCCAUGGCUGCGAGAUCAUAAGGUUGGAGGUCAAAUUGUCUUUCCUGCGGCGGGUUACCUUGCAAUGGUCAUGGAGGGCUUAAGCCAAAUUCGAGACGAUGAAGCCUUGUCUCAUCCAGUAGUGCCUGCAUUCGAUUUCUGCGACGUCAAUUUCAACGCCGCCCUGGUGAUCGAUGACGAAGAUAGCCUAUUGACCGCAGAUACAGAGCUGCAUACGGUUAUAUCGCCACGGAAGAUCUCCACGACAAGCAUAUCCUCCAGUUGGUAUGAUUUCUCCAUCUCUUCGUGGAAAACCGGAAAAUCAAGGCUACACUGCGUUGGCAGUGUUCGGGAGACUAAUGAUAUGGUACCUGAUAGAAGUACCACCAUCCAUCAGGCGGAUCGAUUAGAGAGAAUUCCCACAGACCGCUGGUAUGAAAAAUUCGCUUUGGAAGGACUGGACUUCGGUAAAAGCUUCCAUUCAGUACCCUUCAUUGAGGUCAACGGUAGUAGAGAUCGAUACGAAGCCGUUGCGAUUACAAAGUUCAUCACUCACCCUACGGAAGGCCAUGGCACAUACUAUCCCAUGCAUCCUAUCACUAUUGAUGCGUGCCUGCAAGCAGGAAUUAUGAGUACAUGUGCAGGAAUAAUUAGUCAGCUUCAAGGGUAUUUGCCUGUCUUCAUCAAGGGAUGCCUUAUCAAGACUGUACCUCGAUCUUCAAGGCUGGACUCGGAAGCCACGAUUCAUGUUCGAUCCUGCCGAACUGGGGUCUCUACUCAACGGAUACACUGUACUCUCCGAGAUGCUGCAGGGAAAACAAUGAUUGAGAUGGGAGAUGUGCGGAUGUCUUUGUACGUAGGAAAAAUUGGCAACGACACAAGUAAAACAGAGGAGGGCAUGGAUUCCCAACGCCAUCCAUGCCUACGUGUCCAAUGGAAGCCUGAUGCCCAUCUUCUGCAGCCCGGUUUGAGAUUCAACUUGAGCAAAUAUAUUGCCUCCUUUCUUCAGCAUCAGGACCCAGACCUAACAGAAGAUGAGGACAUCGCUACAAUUGGGGCAUUGCUCGACCUUGCAGGCCACAAGAAUCCUCAAAUGCGCAUUCUCCAGCUCGGAGAAAGUUGCAGCUGCAAAACAAAGAGAUGGGACAGUUUCUUAGACAAGACUACUCCUUUUCCAAGAUACCUAUCGUGGCACACUGCUACUAUGACAGCAGAUGGGACUCUAUUGCUCGAUGGUGUGGAUAAGGGACCAUUUGAUUCUAUCAUCGUCACGGGGCGGAGUAAUUCGGAGAAAUUCUGGAAAUCUUGUUCGACUUCGAUUAUCUCCAGCCUUGCCGACGAUGGUAUCAUUAUUACCCAUAAAACAGCAACAGCUCAGUCAGCUCUUGAAGCUGCAGACUUUUGGGCAACCGAGGUUGAUAGCAAAUCGCUGCUCUGUCGACGAAUCCCUCGAAUGUGCUCACUUGGAAACAAAGCUGUGGUCAUUGUGGUUGACAACCCUUCUGGAACUGUUCUGGAGUUCGCAUCUUUCCUUGCCGAACAAUUACGACAAGCUGGGACAAUGAGAGUGCAGGUCAUUCCCAUCUGUCAUAUAUCAGAGGUGACAAGUUUCGAAGACUCAGUGUGCAUCUCGUUGAUUGAGAUUGAACAUCCCUUUCUGGCCAGGAUAAGACAGGCUGACCUUGAUCUUCUCCGCUGCAUAACCAACGUUGCAACACAGUUGCUCUGGGUGACGGGGGCUGGUAUGCUGAGCCCGAAAGGACUCAAGCCAGACUUGACCCUAUCCAGUGGACUCUCUCGAGCGCUGAUGCUGGAACAGCCUUCAUUACGGUUCGUCGUUAUGGACAUUGGGACCGAGGCCUUUGAAAGCUCCACAAAGGAACAUACAUGCAACAACAUCAUAGCUGCACUGAACCAUGCAGGAAGGAUUGACGAUAAAGAGUAUGUGCAACUUCACGGUAUACUCUACGUUAGUCGUUUCAGUCCGGACAGCAACCUCAACUCCCUGUUCCAACGCCGACUCCAGCCAGCGGAUCGCAAGGAGAUGUGUACUCUGGGUACAGCGAAACCCGCAAGGUUAUCAAUUGGAAAAGUAGGAAUCACAGACACGAUUCAUUUCCAGCAGCUGCGGGAACCACAAACCGACCCGCCGACCGGCUUCGUAGAUAUCGAGAUGCAGGUCAUGAGCCUGAAUGCGAAAGACGUGUAUGCACUCAAUGGCCGCGUUGAGACUCAGAAGGGGACAAUCGCCAUGGAGUUCGGCGGCGUUGUAAUAGCGAAGGGGCCCGAUGUGCCCGACACCCAGCUUAACAUUGGCGACAGAGUUGUAGCUGUCAGCCCGAACCACUUCACCACCACCGUACGGGUUCCUGCUUGGGCGGCACAGCGCAUCAAGCCAGACGAGGACCUCAGCAUUAUGUCGGGGCUCCCCAUAGCCUACAGCACGGCGUUGUACGCUCUAGACGAUCGCGCGCACCUUCGACGAGGGGAGUCAAUUUUGAUUCAUUCGGGAACGGGGGCCCUCGGCAUUGCGACCAUCACUCUAGCCCAACGUAUGGGUGCUAUUGUCUACACCACUGUCAGCUCCCCAGCCAAGAAGACCUGGAUUAUCGAAAACCUCGGCGUAGCGCCCGCAAACAUAUUCCACUCCCGGGAAGCUGCCAGUUUUGUCGUUGGUGUGAGGGAAGCAACGCAAGGCCGUGGGGUCGACGUGAUUAUCAACUCUCUCACUGGCGAUCUGAUGCAUGCUAGCUGGGACUGCAUAGCUGAAUUCGGGCGUUUCAUCGAGGUCGGUAAACGCGAGCUAGUUGACGCUGGCAAGUUAGACAUGGCUGUCUUCCUCAGAAAUGCCACUUUCACCGCUUUCGAUCUGAGUGAAUUGUUCUUCCAUAGGGAAAAGUACUAUCGCGACUUGCUCGUCGGGAAAAUGAGAGAGGUGCUUGCUUUAUUCCGCUUAGGGGAAAUCAAACCCAUGCCGACCAGAAAAUUCGAUGUUGCAGAUGUUUCAGAUGCCUAUCGAUACUUUUCGACGAAAGAUAGGAUAGGUAAAGUUGUGAUCUCAUUGGAAAACCAAGAGAGCCCCAUCCCGGUGUCUCCUGCGCCAUGUCUCACGGUGCUGAAUCCAGACAAGGUAUACCUUCUCAUAGGCUGCCUUGGGGGACUUGGACGUAGCCUCAGUCGUUGGUUAUUGUCCCGUGGUGCAAGAAAUUUUGUCUUUCUUGGGAGGUCAGGCGGCGACAAGCCGGCAGCCAAGAACCUUAUAGCGCAACUCCGAGAAGGCGGUGCGACAGUCUUUGCAGUACGCGGCGACGUAUGUGAAACGCACGAUGUAGCUCAGGCAGUCAAGUGUUGCGUUGACACGGGGAGACCCUUGGGAGGCGUUGUACAAGCAUCUAUGGGGUUGUCCGAAAGCCUUUUCUCGCUUAUGACUGGCGAUGCCUGGCAGAAAGCCAUUCAGCCAAAGUGGAAAGGCACAUGGAACACCCAUUCCGCUAUACGUGGGAUUGAUAAUGACCUCGACUUUUUUCUACUCUUAUCUUCAAUAUCCGGCACCGUGGGGACAGCUACGGAAAGCAAUUAUUGCGCGGCGAAUGGGUUUCUCGAUGCCUUCGCGCGCAAGUGCUGCCUAGAUGAAAUGCCUGCGGUCUCGCUUGGCCUCGGAAUGGUAUCCGAGGUUGGAUAUUUGCACGAGAACCCGGAGAUAGAGGCCCUGCUGCUACGUAGAGGGAUCCAGCCGCUCACAGAGGAAGAAUUCCUACAGAUGGUGGAUUUCGCUCUACUCUCCGCGAAAGACAGCGUCGUAAACACAUCAUUGGAUUCACCUUUGGCCCACCUCCUCACCGGGUUGGAACCGCUAAGACUUCGUCAACUGAAAAGCCAAGGCUUUGAUAUCAGCCACAACACAGCGCAGGACCCUCGUGCAUCCAUCUUAUCGGCUGCCCUGGAGGCUGAUCGGGAACACGAUGAUAAUAUACUUGAUGAGACCCAAACCUGGGUCACUGCUCCUUGGCUGAAGGAUGUACCAUCUAACGCCCUAGCAACCCUAAGGCAGCAGGCUGAUGCGCCUUCGUUAGAAGCGGCGGUUUUACGGCUAUCUAAGAAGUGUUUCGGUAAUUUGAUCUUGCUUGCACCAGAUCAGAUAGACGAGCACAAACCGCUGAAUGCCUACGGUGUAGACAGCAUGAUUGCGUCUGAAUUCCGUACAUGGUUCUGGAGUGCGUUCAAAGUGGAUGUUCCAUUCCUGGAUAUCCUUAGCCAAGAAAAGUCUCUGCUUGCACUUUCGACUUUCAUCAAGGCCAAGUUGAUUCAGAGUUGA